CGGGCUUCAUUCCGAGGAUGGAAACAUGGAUAUUUUGCGCAGAGUUCUCAUUUCGAGGGAGGGAGUUUCAAGGACGCAAAGGGUGGCGCCGGAGUCGUUGUGGAAACAUUCGCUGGUGUCCUGCGUAGAUUUCCGUGAAGAGAGCGCGACGACCACUUCGAUCGUUCGCCCUCUUCGCUGGACACGUAAAAGUUCCCAGCCGUCAGUGAUCUACGUACGAUAGCGGUAGCAUUCUUAGCUUCGCGCCAACGUCUAGCAUACCCAGCAGAACAAGCUUCCGUAGCGUCCACUUCAACGUCAAUAGCGCACAUUCAGGGGCCCGCGUAAGGCUUAAACUCCACAAGAUGGCCACUACAGAGUCGCCUGCGAUGCAGGCGAAGCUCACGAAGAGCAACCCUCUGUCAAGGAAGUUAAACAAAACACUGGACAUUUCUUUAGAAGACCCGCAAACCCAGGAGGCUUUGGCGGCCUUGUCCGAGUACUACACGGAGAACACAUUGGCGGCGAGAAGAUCGCUGCGUGGCGAUAUAGAACGGAGAGUGAUGGCGAACAAUACGAGAUUCCUCUCGGCCUUUGCGGUUGUGGCGAACCGAGUCCAAACGAUGGAAAAGGAGAUGGAGCAAAUGUCCUUUUGCUGCCAGGACAUGGAGGACAAACUCCGGCAAGCAACGAAUGAGACAUCACAUCUGAUCAAACAGACACAGGAGCUCAAAGAUCAAAGUCAGCGGUGUCAUGUCCGGAAGGCCAUCAUUGAUGUCUUUCUGGCCCGAUUUACGCUUCCAGACGCAGAGAUUGCCAUCCUGACAUCGCCCAGUCACGUAGUCGGAGUCGAGUUUUUCGACGCAUUGAAACGGCUGGAGAGAAUAAGCGAUGAUUGCAAAGCUCUGCUCGUAACGGAACAUCAGGAGGCAGGGUUCGAGAUCAUGGAGAAGAUGUCGUCCUAUCAAGAGACAGCCUUCGAGAAACUGUUUCGGUGGGCGCAAAAUGAGUGCCGCUCGUUGAACAGCGAUGCCCCAGAAGUUACGGCGUCAUUGAAGAACGCGAUGCGCGCCCUGAAAGAGCGACCCGUACUGUUCCAAACGUGCAUAGACGAGGUCUCCAACAUUCGAUGUUCUGCUAUGGUGCGCUCAUUUCUAGACGCAUUGACGCGGGGUGGGCCAGGCGGUUUUCCAAGACCUAUAGAGAUGCACGCUGGAGACCCGUUACGAUACGUUGGAGACAUGCUAGCGUGGCUUCAUCAAGCAGCGACGGAAGAGCGUGAGAUUCUGGAGGCCAUCUUUGACGUAAAGGCAAUAGCACGGAGAAAGUCGCAGUCACGGACGGACUCUGUCGAGGAAUCUCCUCUGGACGCGUUAGGCGGACUGCACGUUGCUGACCGCGAGGCAUUACGGCAAGUCUUGGAUAGGAAUAUGGAAGGCACAUGCCGACCGUUAAAGGUUCGCAUCGAACAGCUUCUCGCCUCGCAAGAGGAUCCCAUUACGGUUUACCGUAUUGCGAACCUUGUACAGUUCUACGAAGGAACUCUCAUUGGCGUGUUGAGCGAGCAAUCGCAACUUUGUCUGACCAUCGCAGAGAUCCGGGAGAGUGGGUACAAGACAUUCUACGACACGUUAAAUGCACAUGUGUCCGAGUUGUUGCGCUCUGUUCAGACUCCGGGCAUGGACCUAUUACCACCACCAGGCAUUCGGGAAACCGUUCUCCAGCUGCGAGAGAUCAUGGCAAUCUACGACGAAUCUCUCGUGUUAUCUGAUAGACGCGAGGAAGAUUUCGCAAAGAUCCUCGCAGCGUUGCUGGAUCCGCUAACGCAAAUGUGCGUCCUGGGAGCUGCCAGCCUGCCCACGAUCGAAAAUGCGGUGUACAUCGUCAAUUGCCUCCUUCACACUCAGUCCGCCUUGAAGCUGUACCCUUUCACGACGAAACAAGUCGAUGCCAUAGGGCAACAGAUCAAGGCUCAGUCCGACGUUUUGGUAGUUGAGGAGUACGCAAACAUAAUCAAACAAUCCGGUCUCCUCCCCCUGACCAUCCCAAACACCACCCCUCAAGCCGACCAGAUCCAGGAAUCCCUCUCACAAUUCGACAAAUUCCUAUACAACGCGUCGUUGGAAGUCUCGUCAUCGCUGUCGAGCCUUGCAAGUCGGAAAUUGGCUUCCGAGGUUACUCAUCGCGCUUUCAGGAUGUUUGUGGAUGCGUACAGGGAUGUCUUCCGGAAUGUGGAGCCGCUGGUCGCAGACCUGAGCCCGCCAUUGGCCGCGCCGUUGAGAACGGUGGAUGAGGUGGAGAUGCUACUGUCUUUGGAGCACGAAGAUACCUCUUGAGUCAAGACACAGACGCCGAGGGCUACUAAAGCUAGGACAGUUGCGAAAGGAUGUCUGGGCUUGCUCCGAGAUGGACAAGACCCAUGCGUAGCAUAGCAGAUAUCCGUUGGCAGACGGAUCAGGGGCUGAACCAUGAGAGGAGGCACUUUCCAGCAGCUCAUGCCCCAAUGCACAUGCACUUCUUACAGCAGGGAUACCCAUUUCGCACAAAGUUCAGAGCUUCAAAUGAAACGAUGGUGACAACGGUGU